AGUUGAAAAACUCACCUGGUAAAAUUUAUCUAAAACCUGCGAUACGAACCACAAAACUGAAAAUUGUUCCACAGACCUGGAACAGUAUAAACCUAAAGGUUGAUGUAAUGGGAUGUAAUGCCUCUUACUGGUCCGAAUGGUCUCCUUGGUCAAAUUGUUCAUCAGACUGUAAUGCGCAGAAGCAAACUAGGACGAGAAUAUGCAAUGUUGUAUCUACCGGACUUAAUAAGCCCUGCGAAGGAAACUCUACCGAAACCAAAACCUGUGUCAGUGACCUAUGUCAAUGCAUUUACGCUGUCAAUGUGAACGGACUCGCAUAUAUUGAAAAGGAUGGCAUACUAGGAUAUACAAAUAAGACUGAAAAACUUAGUCAAGGGGACAUAUUAGAAGAGGGAGUACAAUUUUUCCAAGACUGCAACACAUGCACAUGUCGUGGUGGAGCCAUAGCAUGUACAAGAAAAGCCUGCCUCAACUGUGCUUACACUAUGUGGUCCGUAUGGUCGAAAUGUAGUUUACCAUGUGGUAAUAGCACGAAAACAAGGACUCGUGUGAAAUUGACGGGCAGAGGACAAGAAAGUUGCAAUAAGGAACUUACGCAAACUAAAACGUGUAAUCAAUCAUCUUGUGACGCUGGUUGCAAGCUUUACAAACGAGUUGGUUACAUCAUUGACGGUGCUGGAUGCACAUCUAAUAAUAUAAUUGAUACAUCGUACUGUAGUGGUUUCUGUGGAGAAAGCUCUUCAGUGCCGAGAAUUAUGGAAGAUGCAAACAGUAUCUUAACAAUGACUAAUGACUGCAAGUGCUGUACAGGUCAAACUGGAUCUCAAGUUUCGGUGCCAAUGACAUGCUCAAAUGGCUUAAAAAAGACUGUAUACGUCCGCCCGAUGGUUUCAUGCAGUUGUAAUAAAUGCAUGAAUAAUGCUAACCAAAUUUCUCAAACUGUGGGCUAAAUACAUCCAUUCCAAUUUUUUUUCUCUUCCUAGUUAUUAUGAUUGUCGUCAUACAAAAUAGCAUAAUAUUAAAAAUAAUAAAUAUAAAAAUAAAAUAUAAAAUAUAAUUUAAUUUGAUUUAGCGUAAAUAAAUAAUGCCAAAUGGUGAACGUCGAAGAGUUAGAGAUUGUACUAACGCGAAAGUACGAUACCAAAAUUUUUCACUUCACUUUAAAUCGUGCAUUGUAUUUUUAAAACAAACAUAGAAGAUAAUAACACAACCAAAAUUCUGAAUAAAAACAUGCAAUGAAAAAAA